UGCAUGCAUUCUAGUGCUACACUUUUUUGUGUAUAAAAGGUGGGCAUGCCUCUGCUCUUUUCAUCACAAACCUUCUCAUUUCAUCAGCUUCUCUCUGCCUUGCAUUUUCUAUUUUUCUUGAUUUAUUAUUCGAAUAUCAAAGUUGAAAUUUGUUGGAGAGUUUUGUACCAGUAGUGUUCGGAAAGUUUUGAUCGUUAUGGCCGAACCUGUUCUCACCAGAGUUCACAGCCUCCGGGAGCGUCUGGAUUCUACUUUGGCAAAUCAUCGGAGCGAAAUCUUGAAGUUUCUUUCAAGAAUUGAAAGUCAUGGAAAAGGAAUCUUGAAACCUCACCAGCUUCUAGCUGAAUUCGAAGCAUUCAGCAAAGAAGAAAAGUUUAAACUGGAGGAUGGUGCUGGUGCCUUUGCAGAAAUUCUUAAGUCUACACAGGAAGCCAUAGUCUCUUCUCCUUGGGUAGCACUUGCUAUCCGGCUAAGGCCUGGUGUGUGGGAAUACGUGAGAGUCAAUGUGCACCACCUUGUUGUCGAGGAACUGAGUGUGCCCGAAUAUCUUCAAUUCAAAGAGGAGCUUGUCAAUGGAUCAAGCAACGAGAACUUUGUCCUUGAACUGGAUUUUGAACCAUUCACAGCUUCUUUCCCUCGCCCAACAUUAACCAAGUCCAUUGGGAAUGGGGUUGAGUUCCUCAAUAGGCAUCUCUCUGCAAAAAUGUUUCAUGAUAAGGACAGCAUGCACCCACUUUUUGAUUUCCUUCGGCUCCACCACUAUAACGGAAAGACACUAAUGCUGAAUAACAGAGUUCAAAAUGUGAAUGGUCUUCAAUCUAUGCUGAGAAAAGCAGGGGAAUAUCUCUCCACACUCCCACAGGAGACGCCAUACUCUGAAUUUGAGCACAAGUUUCAAGAGAUUGGUUUUGAAAGGGGGUGGGGUGAUACUGCUGGGCGUGUUUCCGAAAUGUUUCAUAUGCUUUUAGACCUCCUUGAGGCCCCUGAUGCAUGCACUCUUGAGACAUUUUUAGGGAAGAUCCCAAUGGUAUUCAAUGUAGUUAUUCUCUCACCUCAUGGUUACUUCGCUCAGGAAAAUGUUUUGGGGUAUCCUGACACUGGCGGCCAGGUUGUCUACAUUUUGGAUCAAGUUCCCGCACUAGAGCGUGAGAUGAUUAAGCGUAUAAAAGAGCAAGGACUGGAUAUCGUACCUCGCAUUUUAAUUGUGACACGCCUUCUUCCAGAUGCAGUAGGCACCACUUGCAAUCAGCGCCUUGAGAAAGUUUAUGGAGCCGAGCAUUCACAUAUUCUUCGAGUCCCUUUCAGAACUGAAAAGGGAAUUUUGCGCAAAUGGAUCUCCCGCUUUGAAGUUUGGCCCUACAUUGAGACUUUCACAGAGGAUGUUGCAAAAGAAAUUGCAUUAGAAUUGCAGGCCAAGCCAGAUCUGGUUAUUGGCAACUAUAGUGAGGGUAAUCUUGUUGCAUCUUUGCUAGCACACAAAUUAGGGGUUACCCAGUGUACCAUUGCUCAUGCUUUAGAGAAAACAAAAUAUCCAGAUUCAGACAUCUAUUGGGAAAAAUUCGAUAAGAAGUAUCACUUCUCCAGUCAGUUUACAGCUGAUCUGAUUGCAAUGAAUCAUACUGAUUUCAUCAUCACCAGUACAUUCCAGGAGAUAGCUGGAAGCAAGGAUACCGUUGGACAGUAUGAAAGUCAUACUGCCUUCACGAUGCCAGGAUUGUACCGCGUUGUUCACGGGAUAGAUGUAUUCGACCCAAAAUUUAACAUUGUCUCGCCAGGCGCAGACACUUCUGUCUAUUUCUCUUACACGGAAAAGGAAAAGAGGCUGACAGCACUCCACCCAGAGAUAGAGGACCUUCUUUAUAGUUCGGUUGAGAAUGAGGAACACCUGUGUGUAAUCAAGGACAGGAAUAAGCCUAUACUGUUCACCAUGGCAAGGCUGGACAAUGUGAAGAACUUAACAGGAUUUGUUGAGUGGUAUGCUAAGAAUCCCAAGCUACGUGAGUUGGUCAACCUUGUAGUUGUUGGAGGAGACCGAAGGAAGGAAUCAAAGGAUUUGGAAGAACAAGCACAGAUGAAGAAAAUGUAUGAGCUUAUUGACACCUACAAGUUGAAUGGUCAAUUCAGAUGGAUCUCUUCUCAGAUGAACCGCGUAAGGAAUGGUGAACUUUAUCGUUAUAUAGCCGACACGAGGGGUGCUUUUGUGCAACCUGCAUUUUAUGAGGCCUUCGGUUUGACUGUUGUUGAGGCCAUGACUUGCGGUUUGCCAACAUUUGCAACUCUUCAUGGCGGUCCAGCUGAGAUCAUUGUUCAUGGAAAGUCUGGUUUCCAUAUCGACCCUUAUCAUGGUGACCAAGUGGCUGAGCUCCUUGUUAAUUUCUUCGAGAAGUGCAAGACUGAACCUUCUCACUGGGAGACUAUUUCAGCUGGUGGCCUGAAACGUAUCCAGGAGAAAUACACUUGGCAAAUCUAUUCUGAAAGGCUGUUGACAUUGGCUGGGGUAUACGGAUUCUGGAAACAUGUCUCCAAGCUUGAUCGCCUUGAGAUCCGUCGUUAUCUUGAAAUGUUCUAUGCUCUCAAGUAUCGCCAGUUGGCUGAAUCAGUUCCACUUGCUGUUGAUGAGUAAAAGAGAACAAGAAUCUGCUAUUCAAGCAAAGUUUCUGAUGUUUUCGCAAACAAAGAAAAGAAGUUAUAUUCUGAUGAUGAACAUUCUGUUUUUUUCUAGUGUCUAAGUGACUUGUGUUCUGAUUGAGAUUUUGACCAACCCCUGUUAGUUAUGUUAAAUUCUUUGUUGCAUUUUUUUUCUUGUUGGUGUUUUUAAAACGGGGGUUCUGCUUUCUUUAUCAUUUGCCGCUACAAUAUUGUUGCUCAAAUUUCUGAAAUUUCAGAAUAAAAUUUUCAGUAGUUGCUGUUUACUACUGUACAUCA